GCCCUACCCUGCACGGGGAUGGUAACACCUAUCAUUAAGCUUAUCCUGCGAAGAGAGAGGUUUCGCAAACAUGCAAAACAUUUAUCGUAGUGUUUUUGAUUUUUUUUGUUUUAUAUUUAUGGUAUGUGAUUUUGUUGUUAAAUGUUUUCGGUAGUGUCGUACUAUUAUUUGAUACCUUUGUUUGGGAUACAUGUGACAUGUGUUGUAAACGAUAUCGUCCUGAUGAGCUAUUUUUAGGCCACUCUCGUCUAAAGUCUCCAACAAAAAAGAAAAGCCUCCUAUUUGGGUGCAAAUUAUAUGGUAGCAUGGUGAGCGGUUUAUACACACCUUUACACUCUAAAGUGACGCUCAAUCUCGUCCUCAUCAUCAGGUACAACAACAAAAAAAAACCACCCACUGAAGCGACCGUUCUCUCAUUCUAACGUGACCUGUUGCGAUGGUGUUGCGCUUGCGUUGAAAAAAUUGAUUUUCCCCAUCCCAACGGUUCCGGUAGUACCGACUACAGUGGGUACUAGAGAGGGACCAUUGCCCUUCCGCAAUGAUACGUCCGUAACAAUACCCUUCCGUACCGCUUACACAUCCUUUUGAAUGGGGUCCUUUUCACAACAAGUUCACGCACGCCUCCGCCUAGGUGGUUGAAGGCUGAAGGUAGUGGAGGCGCGGGCAGCAAGACCUUCUCGGGCGUGCGUGCUUUUGGAGUUGUGCUGCGGGUGAAAGGUGUAGUCAAACCAUUCGAUUGUUUGUGUGCCGUUUGACCCGACGACGGGUUUUUGGAACAGUUAGUAAACGACAACGACUUUUCGUAUCAGUCACUUGUAAGACGCCUCUUGCUGGCAGGAAGCUGGAGGUGUUGUCAUUUGGUGUGUGUGUGUGUGUGCGUGUGUACAAAUGUUUGUAUAGUACGAUGUCUAUCUGCUGCAUUCCAGCAGAUGCGGGUGUCACUAAAUAAUACCACGCAUCUGUCAGUGAGUGACAGUAGAAACGGAAGAACGGCAUGCUUCUCUACGCUUCUACGUAGAAAGUUCUGCUGCAGCUGGCGACGGGAACAGAGAGUAUACCAAAGCAGAAAGUGUCACUGUCAAAAACUGUACCAGCGCGUAGGAAACAUCGUGCAAAAACAGGGAACGCAACACGCAGGUUCACCAUGCGGAGUGUACAAGCGUUCUAGCGUCUAGUACAAUUUACAGAGACAAUUGUUCUAACGCUCUCAGGGCGAAUGUCGAACGCACUGCACAUAGUCAACGCAAUAAGCCUAGACUUGGCUAGAACCUCUGUACACUGCUAGGGAUAUUUACAAAUAGGCUCGCCUAUCCAGAGUCGCGAACUAAAUAUAUCCUCCAGCCAGAUAUUUCGUUCCUUUGCCAUAAAUCGCAAAAAAAAAAUGUCGACUACUCCGUAGUGGAGUCGACGCUCCGCUAGCAUGUCGACGGCUCCGUAACAGUCAUAAAUUAAAUGUCAGUCAAAAAUUUUGGAGCGUGCGUACAGAGCGGUCCCGACUGAUGGAGAGCAUACACAUGGAUAGAUCAGCGUAAAAAAAAGGGGAAACCCGCUCGUCUGCGCUCAUCGUAUACGAGAGUGAGCACGGCCAUUACGAUAAGAGAGAUAACGCGGCGAACAAAAGAGCAUUCAAGCAGUGGCACGGUUUGUACGGUCGGUAGGAGAGUUCGAGCAAGCAGACGUGAGAGCUCGCGUGUGGCACGGGAACAUCUAGCGCUAGGAAACUGUGGACCUGCUUCCUACUUCAAAAUUCCCGUCCCAUUAGACGGCAGCAAGCUUUUCGUCCCCGAAGGUUUUUUUUAAAGAAGUGAUUUUAUUUUUACUUAAGGGCAGGACAGGAUUUUUGUUCAUCAGUACCAGUGGAAACACGUUUUUGCAGUACGCCGUGUUCAAGACACCAGGUGUUCUGUGUGUAGUGUGCGCGCACUCCAGCAUCGAUUAAGCUCCAAAGUUGAUUGAAAUCCGCGUCAAAAUUUAAACCAUUUUUGAUUUGUGGAAGGUGUUGUUCAUUGCUUGGAAAAUAAUUGUGAGUAGUUGAGGUGGCGAGCGAAUUGAUCUAGUGCUUGCUAGCUCCUGUCUUAGUACACAUAAGUUUGCGACAUAAUGUCACUUGUAAAAUGCUGUGCGCCGUGUGUACGUGGUGUAAAUGAAGCCAGGAGAGAGGUGUUGACGGAGGGUAGUGGAGCAUUUACCACUUGGCAAAGCUAAGGAGGAGGGGAGGAGGGCAUGGUUGAAGAUGGGUGGCACCUUUGCCAUGGAUGCGUGAACUGAAUGGAGUUGUUUUGAAUUAUUCAACUCUUCGUUUGAAGCAAAUGAGGAAGGUCUUUCAAAUAAGAAAAAGAAAACGAAGCAUCGACAAGGACACUGGAGAACGUGGUGUACCACGUCCAAUUGGGUUCGUUUGUGUGCGCCUGUCGAACAUAGUUGCUGUGUCCUACAUUUACUCUAUGCUCUGUUUGAGCAUAGAUCUAAUAGUGCCCGUAGUGAAUCGUCCAUCAAUGAGAGGCUUCUAUCAAAUUCACUAGGGACACGUUGUCGAUAAUUGCUGAUUGGUGUAUUAUUCUCCGUUCCCUUAGUGUUCAACUAUCAAACCGCUAUCUUAAACGGUUACUGCUAGCGUCACCCACCCACAAACACAUACACAUAAAAAAGUUGUACUAGUCUACAUCGAUAGUCCUUCUGCUGUCGUCGGACUCUCUAAGCCUCUCCCCGCCACUUCCCAUAACCGUUUUGUGCACCAAAUCGAUGACGAUGGGAAGUGAAGUGCAAAAACUGCUCUGAGAGUGUCUAUGUGUGUGUGUGUGUGUGUGUGUGUGCAGGUGUGGUGAAGUGUGAGUGCGUGUGAAAAGAAGCAUGUGACUGCUUUGCGAACGCUUUGCUUCCCUAAGCCCGUGUGUGCGCGUGUGAGUGUGUGCGUGUGUGUAACAGUUGUCCUAGCACAAACAGUGCCGUAGCAGUUGCUUCAUCACCGGUACAAGAUGGAUGAAAACGAGGUGAUGGCGGCGUUCCUGUGGAGCAAGCAGUCUCAGGAGAUGUACAGCAACCAAGGUCUGAAGGAUCUGCACCAUCUUCAUCAGGACUUUAUCAUCAACGACUACACCGACAAGAUAGCGACCAACAUCGAUCUGCUCGACACGGAGCUCAAGUUCGCCUGGGCGGCGCUGAACCUGUUGAACGAAGAGUACACGAAGAUGUCGGAGAAGGUGUUCAAGCUACAAUCGCUCAACAUAUCACAGCAACGGAUAGUGCAAAAUCUGCAGUUUAUGGAGGAGAACCGGAAAGCAUAUCUCGACAUGAUACCAGACUAUGCGAAGCAUCACGAAUUCUCGCUCCAGGAGCAGUCCCGACUGCGGAAGGAUCUCGAGUACCGGGACCGUAUAAACGAGGCUUUGAUAAAUAGUGGCAUGAUACCGCUGCAGGAAGAGCAGGAAGAGUUUCUGCACCAGCAACAGCAGCUGCACCUGCACCAUCAGCAGCGGCAGCAGUUGUUUCACCAGCAGCUGCAGAACUCGGCGCAGAUGUAUCAUUCGGGUUCGCAGCUGGUACCGGGUGUAAGACACGCUGGCUAUGAGGGUAUACAUCUGCUUGACCAACAUCUACACCUUCAGCAGCAGCAACAGCAACAACAUCAGCAUCAACAGAUGCAACUGCAGUUUGACAAUGAUUUUCUCAUCUUGCAACGAAACCUUGCGAACGUACCGGAUGCACAGGGGCUGCUGAAACCCCAGCUGGAGGAGGAUCCGUAUGCUGCUCCACCAGCGACGGUAGUGUUGCCGACCCGUAGCGUACCAUCACAUCCACCAUCGGAGUUGCCGCGUAUGUCGACCAAUCCGUUCCUAUCAGCGGGCGAAGCGGAUCGGGGACUGCUACGCAACAUCGAACCAGCGGAUAGUGCCGCCAUUAUAGAGGAGCAACUGCGCACCUCCUUCCUGAACCAUGCGAAGCAGAUCGAGCUCGAGUUUGGGACGCCCAAGUCGAAGAAGUACACGGCGGAACGGAUCGAAAAGAUGCAGAGUGAGGAGGUGCGGGAGUUGAUCAACAAGAUCAUGAGCGAGGAAGACGUGGCAUCCCUCAGCAGCGAGGAGAUGGAUAAGGUGCGCUGUUUUAUGGCAAAGAACUGUACCGAGUUGAUGGAUGUGUUCGAUGACGAUCUGCAGGUGGUUUAUCCGGUCAAAUCGGCGGAAUUGCUAAUGGCUCGUAGUAAGCAGACCGUCACCGUCACAACCACUGCCGGUGCGAGCCCACGGAAGGAGUUGGCGAAGUACCUGCCGGAAGGUAUUGCCACGCUGACCAAGGAUGAUCUGUUGACGGUGGAAAAUGGUACGAUUACGAUACAGGAUAGUACCUCGGAGAAUGAUUUCCGGCUUAACCUGAACACGGAACAUGCGGCACGGGUGAAUGAGAACGGGACGUCGCCCAAGAAGUUGAGUGAGUUCUCACCAUUCGGGCUGCAAGCUACGACGGCGGCAGCCAUCUUGGGCAAUGCUGAAACCGGUUACGAGCCGUUCCGAGAAACGCAUGGACCCGAGUUGGAACAGGACGAGGUGCUGCAGGGUGAUGGCAAAGUUGGAAGUGCUUUAAAUGGUAACGGUAAGUUACGGAGCAAACCGGCACCGGAAGAAGACGUAUUGGAGGUGCCAAAAACGACCAUUCCACCAACGUUCGCUUGCUCGAACUUGGUUGGUUUGACCAAUGGUAAGGCAUUGUUUACCAACCUGAGACCCAACAUUACGGAGGCAUUAGAGAUGACGUCCUCUGUUGCAUCACCUAGCGUCCUUUCGCACCAGCUGUCAAAUGGUGUGGAAACGGUUGAUGCUCGUAUUGCGGGACCGGGCAUCUGUUCGGAAGGUGUGUCUGGUGGUUCCGCAUUGCCUUCGCGCAAGACUAGCGUGACGGACGCAUCACUGAUUGCUUUAAAGAGUACCGUCACCGUGACGGACACGUCUGACACGGCCGCCAUCAUACAGGCUAUCAUCAGCCGUCGGUCGAGUGUGGCGGAACCGUCGACCAGUCCGCCCACGUUUCAACCACUGCCCGGCCAAACGUCCAUUACCGAUUCGCCUGAGAUGCAAGCCAUCUAUGACAGUCUGUCGCGGAAGUCGAGCAUCCCGACACUCAGCGACACGACAUUCUUUCCAUCGCUCGACAUCACAGAUUCCGGCUUUGCCGAUACCAGCGACAGUUUGGGACUGUUCUCACAGCUUCCACUUACCGUACCCGGUACGGAGGCUCCAAUCAGUCUGCCCGACUUUUCCACCAUGUCGGCCAUCUCGAACAUACCGGAUAGUUCAGACUGUUCCUCCUUCCUGCACAUGUCGAUGAACUCGUCCGGUAUCAGUGAGACGUCGGACAGUAUGGCUUUUAGUCAUCCCGUUUCCCUGCCCGGUCUGGAGCAGCAGAUGAAGGAAGCGUUGGUAGUAACAGCCACCACAGUGUCAACUACGAUCACCACGACGGUGGGCAAACUUCCAGCAUUGCCUCCGAUAGGGCCGACUACUACGAUGGCAGUGUUGGCUGAGGGUAAGCCGAUAGUUGAAGCGACUGGCCUUGCACUGCCUUCGGUGACAUCAUCCUCUGGUACGAUAGCGUCUACUACCACUGUCACUGUCAACGGUAUGGCUACAGUGCACGUACCAUCCACCGUGGCACCAAGCGUUACUGAUGUGACGAAGAGUGUAAAACCUAUUCCGGCACCGGCCACCACCAGCACACCCCUGGUGAAGGCUACCGCUGCAGUACCAACGAGCGUGAUAGCGCCCCAAUCUACCACAGCUCAGCCGGUAAGCCAACCAAGCAAGGUACCGCUGGUAGGUUCGCUUCUGCCCACAAAGCAACCGUCUGCUCCGGCGGUGCAACCAAAUGCCGCCGAACAGAAGGGUGGUUUCUUUCAGUCGACCACAGUCAACAUUGGUAGUUUCUUCAACAAGGUCAACAAGAACCUCGUACAUCAGGAAAGUACCGACAGUAUCAUUGGUGCUAAGUCCAAAUCGUUCUUCGCUUCCAUGAAGAGCUCCUUCAGUCUCGACUCGUCUAAGACGUCCGUGGACGAGGGAGAUGUGCAGCAGGUAGGCAAUGGGCAACCGGUAGCCACACAUCUGGACGUCACCCAACAUCAGCCGACGGAUCUGUCACCACUUACAGGUGGCAUGACUCCUUCCGCAGAGGGUUCGUUGCAUGAACAGCCGACACCAUCAUCACUGCAUGGUGAACAGCAACCGUCGCCACCCCGAGACAACUUAUCCUUCGAAGGUCAGCUCGAACCGAGUCCGGUUGGUACGCAGCCGAGUCCGUUGCAAGAGUAUGAAGGCGAGGACCCGUACCAGACGUACGAACAGGACGCUAUCAGUGGCACCGAACUGUCACAAGCCGGUGACAUCCAGAUGGCAUUGGAGAAGGAUCUCGAUCCAAAUGCUCCCGGUGCGGUACCACCGGCAGCCCAACGCCGCCAAAGUUUAUUUCGCGCCCAAGGUAGUGAAGACGGUGAGGGCGGCAGUAAAUGGAAGCUGCUGAAAACGCUCAAGGAGAAACGUAUCGAGGAAAAACAGAAAGUGGUCGAAGUCGGUGAGUCCUUCGACGACGAGCCCGGUCUGUUCAAAAAGGUGGACGUAAGUGGCAAGAACGAGGAGCCCGAGAAGCGAAAUGGUACGGUCGAUAGUGGACGGAACAAUGGGCUCGGUGACAACACCUUCUACAGCAACAUCGACAGUAUGCCGGAUAUUCGACCAAGAAGGAAGUCCAUACCACUCGUGUCGGAGUUGACAAUGGCGGCAACGAAAAGAAAUGCCGGAUUGACCUCCGCCGUACCAAGAGCAACCCUCAACGAUGAAGAGCUGAAAAUGCAUGUAUACAAGAAGGCACUGCAGGCGUUAAUCUAUCCCAUCUCAUCGACCACACCGCAUAACUUUGUCCUGUGGACAGCCACCUCCCCGACCUACUGCUACGAGUGUGAAGGACUGCUGUGGGGUAUAGCGCGACAGGGUGUGAGAUGUACAGAGUGUGCCGUCAAGUGUCACGAAAAGUGUAAGGACUUGCUGAACGCGGAUUGUCUGCAGAUGUGCUUUGCUGGUGCUUCCGAAAAGAGUUCCAAACAUGGUGCCGAGGAUAAGGCAAACUCGGUGAUAGCGGCAAUGAAGGAGCGUAUGAAGCAGCGUGAACGCGAUCGUCCAGAAAUAUUCGAACUGAUCAGGAAAGUGUUUGCGGUAGAGGAGAAGAGCCAUGCUGGGCACAUGAAGGCGGUGAAGCAAAGCGUACUGGACGGUACGAGCAAAUGGUCGGCAAAGAUCGCGAUCACCGUCAUCUGUGCCCAGGGUCUGAUUGCGAAGGAUAAGAGCGGCACCAGCGAUCCGUACGUGACGGUGCAGGUAAGUAAGGUUAAGAAGCGCACCCGUACGAUGCCGCAGGAGCUGAAUCCGGUGUGGAACGAAAAGUUCAACUUCGAGUGCCACAAUUCGUCCGAUCGCAUCAAGGUGCGCGUAUGGGACGAGGAUAACGAUCUGAAAUCAAAACUGCGACAGAAGUUAACGCGAGAGUCAGACGACUUUCUGGGACAGACAAUCAUUGAAGUGCGAACGCUAUCGGGCGAGAUGGACGUUUGGUACAAUCUGGAGAAGCGUACUGACAAAUCAGCCGUAUCCGGGGCGAUCCGUUUGCAUAUUUCCGUAGAGAUUAAAGGCGAGGAAAAGGUAGCACCGUACCACGUCCAGUACACCUGUCUGCACGAGAACGUGUUUCACUACCUGUGCGAGGAAGCACUCGGAGCGGUGAAUCUUCCACAGACCAAAGGUGAUGACGGGUGGAAGAUUUACUUCGACGAAACGCCGGAAGAGAUUGUGGACGAGUUCGCGAUGCGUUAUGGUAUUGAGAACAUUUACCAAGCCAUGACCCACUUUCAUUGCCUAUCUACGAAGUACCUGUGCGCUGGCGUCCCGGCUGUUAUGAGUACACUAUUAGCUAAUAUAAACGCUUAUUAUGCACACACUACGGCUUCUAGCGCGGUAUCCGCCAGCGAUCGCUUUGCGGCUAGUAAUUUUGGUAAAGAAAAGUUCGUUAAGCUAUUGGACCAGCUGCACAACUCGCUACGAAUCGACUUGUCCAUGUAUAGAAAUAACUUUCCCGCUUCCAGUCAGGAGAAGCUAAUGGAUCUAAAAUCUACUGUAGAUUUGUUAACCAGUAUUACCUUUUUCCGUAUGAAAGUUCAAGAGUUAUCCAGCCCACCUAGAGCAAGCACAGUGGUAAAGGAUUGUGUAAAGGCUUGUCUACGAUCAACCUAUCAAUUUUUGUUCGAAAACUGUUACGAGCUAUAUAAUCGAGAGUUUCAGGUUGAUCCGAACGAAGCCAAGCGUGAAGGCGAAGACCACGGACCAAAACUAGAGAAUGUUGAUUUCUGGCACAAGCUAAUAGCUUUAAUUGUAUCAGUUAUCGAGGAAGAUAAAAAUAGUUAUAGUGCUGUACUUAAUCAAUUCCCGCAAGAGCUUAACAUCGGGCAGGUGUCUGCGGCAACUAUGUGGAGCCUGUUCGCCGUAGAUAUGAAGUAUGCGCUCGAGGAGCAUGAACAGCAUCGGCUGUGCAAGUCGUCGGCGUACAUGAAUCUACACUUCAAGGUUAAAUGGUUAUACACGAACUACGUGAAGGAGGUGCCACCGUACAAGGGUGCCGUGCCCGAAUAUCCGGCCUGGUUCGAACCGUUCGUGAUGCAGUGGUUGAACGAAAACGAUGACGUGUCGCUGGAGUACCUGCACGGAGCGUUCAAACGGGACAAGAAAGACGGGUUCCAAAAAAGUAGUGAGCAUGCUCUCUUCUCAAACUCGGUCGUCGAUGUCUUUACGCAGCUAACACAGUGCUUCGAUGUGGUAAGCAAACUCGACUGUCCCGAUCCAGAAAUCUGGAAGCGUUACAUGCGACGUUUUGCUAAGACCAUUGUUAAAGUACUGCUUGCGUAUGUUGAUAUCGUAAAGUCGGAGUUCCCCGAUAUAAUGCACGAGGAGCGAACAGCGUGCAUUCUUAUGAACAACAUCCAGCAACUGCGGGUACAGCUGGAGAAGAUGUUCGAGUCGAUGGGUGGCGACAAGCUGGAAGAGGAUGCGGCCAACAUUCUCAAGGAACUGCAGCAAAACCUAAACACGGCACUGGACGAUCUGGCGACACAGUUCGCUAAGAGUUUGGAACCGAGAAUUACUGGCAGCGUGCGGGAGCUGGGCGAUCUGUUGCAGCAAGUUAAGCAGCAGAGCUCCCUGUUCCAUGCACCGCCCGCCGACGAUGCCAAUCUGAUCGCGAUCGAGGCGGACGAGGUGCUGCGACCACUGAUGGACCUGCUGGACGGUUCGCUCUCCAUGUACGCUCAAUCCUGCGAAAAGACCGUUUUGAAAAGACUGCUGAAGGAACUGUGGAAGAUAGUGAUCCGAACGUUGGAGAAAACGAUCGUGCUUCCACCGAUGACCGAUCGAACGAUGGUGUUCAAACAUCUCACCGACAAUGCCAAAAAUCUGGCAGCGAAUGCAAAAAUCGAGGACAUGUCGCGGCUCAUCAAGAACCACAUGUCCGGCAAACAGGAUGCCAAGAAUGUGCUCAGCGGUGUAAUGGACAUCUCCAAGGAGAUGGAGAAGAACUUAUCACCGAAGCAGUGUGCGGUACUGGAGGUGGCCCUCGGUACCAUUCAGCAGUACUUCCACGCCGGUGGCAAUGGCUUGAAAAUGCCGUUCCUCGAGAAGUCACCCGAGCUGCAGAGCUUAAAGUACGCACUGAGCCUGUACACGCAGACCACGGACACGCUAAUCAAAUCGUUCGUCUCCGGACAAGGUGCUUCUGAAGGUAAUGGUUAUGCGAUUGCUAUCAGACUCUUUCAGAUUCUCAUAUUAAUGCAUCGUUCCCUCUUUCGUUCUGUUUUCGUAGAAGGUGUUAGUCACGAUGAUGCUUCCGUCGGUGAGGUGUCCAUUCAAAUAGAUGUCUCAUCGAACCCGGAGAACGGCGAGCAGAAAAUAUCCGUCAAGGUGAUCGCAGCUAACGAUCUCAAAUGGACCGUCCCGUCCGGUAUGUUCCGGCCAUUCAUCGAGGUCAAUCUGAUCGGACCGCAUCUCAACGAUAGGAAACGAAAGUUUGCGACCAAAUCCAAAUCAAACAACUGGUCGCCAAAGUACAAUGACACCUUCCAUUUCAUUAUUGGUAAUGAGGAGCAGCUGGAGUUCUUUGAGCUGCACAUAUGCGUGAAAGAUUACUGCUUCGCCCGGGAGGAUCGGCUUGUUGGUGUAGCAAUACUAAAGCUGAAAGAUGUCGUUGAUCAGGUAUACUACUGGGAUAUGUAUAUGUUUCUUUAUCGAAUGUUUUUUCGAGUGAGUGUGUAUGUUUAUGUGAGAACGUUUAUGACGAAUGUAUGAGAAUGGAUGUUUGCGAAAUGCAAGAAGAACUAUUCGGCGCCUACCGAAGGAUGUGACAGACAGGACAAUUACAACACCUUCACGGACAACUAUCUAACACGGGUAAAGUAUACAAUUGCAUCAAGAUCGCUGCUAAGGUUAUGUUUUGUUACUUUCAGUACACCGGGAGAGACAGUGUUUUGUGGAGCAGAUUACCGUGUACGCCGAAGUAUGAACCGUGUCAUCAAAUUGUUUAUUUGUUACAAUAAAUAUCUACAGCAAAACACGAUAA